CGUAGACUGAUCGUAAAAACAAAAAUGGCGGAAACGUGUGAAUGAAUAUUUUUUCAAAAUUUGAUAAUAUUUGAAAUUACUCAACCUACAACUAUGCCAGUGUCACAGAAUACCACCCAGAUCAUAUUUGAAGAGGAUGAUCUUGCAUAUGAAGAGGAGAUUUUGCGGAACCCAUUCUCUGUGAAGUGCUGGCUGCGUUAUGUUGAUCACAAAAAAGACUCACCAAGACAUGCGGUCAAUUUGGUAUAUGAACGAGCCCUGAAAGAACUACCUGGAAGCUACAAGUUAUGGUAUAAUUAUCUGAAAUUGAGACGUAAACAAGUGAAGGGCCGUUGUAUUACAGAUCCUGGAUUUGAAGAUGUCAACAACGCAUUUGAACGCUCUCUUGUCUUUAUGCAUAAGAUGCCUAGAAUCUGGUUAGAUUACUGCCACUUUCUGAUGGACCAAGGAAAAAUAGUCCGUACUCGUCGGACAUUUGACCGGGCAUUACGUGGUUUGCCCAUCUCGCAACAUUACAGAAUAUGGCCUUUAUACCUGAAGUUUAUCAAGCUGUAUCCACUACAUGAAACUGCAGUUCGAGUCUUCAGGAGAUACAUGAAGUUGAACCAUGAUGAUGCAGAGUCAUUCAUAGAUUACCUCAAGUCUAUUGGACGCCUAGAUGAAGCUGCAGUGAGAUUGGCUAGGAUAAUCAACCAAGAAGAUUUUGUAUCAAAAGCUGGAAAAUCUAAACACCAGCUCUGGAAUGAACUAUGUGAUUUGAUAUCAAAGAACCCAGAUAAAGUGAAGUCAUUGAAGGUUGAACCAAUCAUCAGACAGGGAAUCAAGAAAUACACAGACCAGGUGGGGUUACUGUGGAACUCACUAGCUGACUACUACAUCAGGGGCGGACACUUUGAAAAGGCCAGAGAUGUCUAUGAGGAAGCUAUACAAUCAGUGAUCACUGUGCGUGACUUCUCCCAAGUAUUUGAUGCCUACGCGCAGUUUGAAGAGAGUAUGUUCAGUGCAAAGAUGGAAACCUCAGCUGAAUUAGGACCUACUGAAGAAGAUGACCUUGAACUUGAGCUACGUAUGGCGAGACUGGAGGAUACGCUAGACAGACGGCCAUUAUUAUUGAACAGUGUGCUCUUGAGACAGAACCCGCACAAUGUCAGUGAGUGGCAUAAACGCGUCACUCUAUAUGAGGGAAAUCCCAGAGAGAUUAUCAACACCUACACAGAGGCAGUCCAAACAGUAGACCCAAAGUUAGCAUCAGGAAAACUACAUACCAUUUGGGUUGCAUUUGCUAAAUUCUAUGAGGAGGCAGGUCAGCUUGAUGAUGCAAGGAUUAUAUUUGACAAGGCCACCAAUGUACCAUAUAAAAAAGUUGAUGAUUUAGCAUCUGUGUGGUGUGAAUGGUCAGAGAUGGAAAUUAGACAUGAAAAUUACGAAGAUGCAUUGAAAUUGAUGCAGAAAGCAACAGCACCUCCUCCCAGAAAAGUGGCAUACCACGAUGAAGCAGAAACAGUCCAGAGUCGAGUAUACAAGUCACUUAAACUGUGGUCCAUGUAUGCUGACCUUGAAGAAAGUUUUGGUUCUUAUAAGUCCUGUAAAGCAGUAUAUGACAGAAUCUUAGAUCUACGGAUAGCUACGCCUCAGAUCAUAAUCAACUAUGGAAUGUUCUUAGAGGAAAACAACUACUUUGAAGAGGCAUUCAGAGCCUAUGAGAAGGGAAUAGCAUUGUUCAAGUGGCCCAAUGUAUAUGAUAUAUGGAACCAGUACCUCAGCAAGUUCAUCGAGAGAUAUGGUGGUAAAAAACUUGAAAGAGCAAGAGAUCUGUUUGAACAAUGCUUAGAUGGGUGCCCUCCAAAAUAUGCCAAAGCAAUAUAUUUAUUAUAUGCCAAAUUAGAAGAGGACCAUGGUCUAGCAAGGCAUGCUAUGGCAGUAUAUGACAGGUCAACCAAAGCUGUGUUGCCUGAGGAACAAUUUGAGAUGUUCAACAUUUAUAUUAAAAAAGCUGCAGAGAUUUAUGGUGUCACUCACACUAGAGCCAUCUAUGAGAAAGCCAUAGAAGUAUUAACAGAAGACAAAUCUAGAGACAUGUGUCUAAGAUUUGCAGACUUGGAGAGAAAGUUGGGAGAAAUUGAUCGUGCAAGAGCCUUAUAUGCUCAUUGUUCCCAGAUGUGUGAUCCUAGAUCUACUCAAGAAUUCUGGCAGACUUGGAAAGACUUUGAAGUUAAACAUGGCAAUGAAGACACAGUGAGGGAAAUGUUGCGUGUAAAACGCAGCGUACAAGCAGUAUUCAAUACACAGGUGAACUUUAUGUCUGCUCAGAUGCUUGCAGCUCAGUCAGGGGCAGUAGAUGAAGAUGCUGGUCCUGGCGAUGAGAUGAAGAAACUAGAAGAAAAGGCCAGACUUUUGGCAGAGGAGUCUAUGAAAGAUCAACCUCCACAACCAGACAAGGGAAUAUUAUUCGUCAGGAGUGAUACCACAGACCAGGAGUUGGGAGAACUCACUAAGACUAACAACCCUGAAGAGAUUGAUAUUGAUGAUGACUUCUCUAGUGAUGAUGAGGCAACUGUACAAGAGGUGAAUGUGGAAAAGCAAGCUAUCCCAUCUGCUGUAUUUGGUGAGCUUGACAAGGAUGAUUCAGACUAA